GAGAAAGACAGAUGGUGAAAAAAUAAUGGAAAUAGGGGUAGAGAUAAGACAGGAGAGAGAGAAAACUGCAGGGGAGUCUCUCCAGUUUGAUAGGAAGAGUGUAGCGUAGAAGAGGUGCUCAGAGCAGUUGACUGGCCGUGCGUGCACUCACAACACAGCCUCUCAAUCAGUGCACUUGGCUAUGCUUAUUCAGGAAAAACACACACACAUACAAAAACACACACAAAGAGGAAGGAGCUGGGAGCUGGGAAGGCAGCCCAGGAGAAGGAAACCAAAUGGGGCAGAGCGCCUGAGUUUAAGAACCAGCAGCUGUCUCAAGGGGGACAGGGGGGGGGGCUCCAGACAAGCACCGGCCAGCCAGUCAACGGGCCAGCCAUGGGGAGCUACCAGGCGGCAGAGAGAGAGAGGAGAAACCAGAAGAGCAUGUACCCAGCAGGACAGACCCUACCAGCAGCCCUGCAGCUCCCCAACACCAGACGGCCACUUCUACCAGAGAUGCAAGACAAUCGAGCUGAGUGGGUGCUGACUAAUUAGCUUUCACCCCUGAGCGGUUUAACCAGGGGUUGAAAGGGGGUUGCGGUCAACAGAUGUGGUCGUUGCGGAGGGCCAUGGGGCCAGAGCCAUCGCGGGGGCGCUGUCUGCUCAGGUGGCUCGGGUUGAAGGUGUGCCGCAGGAGCACGCUGGUGUUCGCCCUGCUCUGGUUCGGCUCCUGGGUGUUCCUCAAUGGCCUGGUGUUUGUGCACCGGACCAUCCUCUCCGACUACUGCACGGACGACAAGAGCAAGAAGAUCCUGCAGAGAGUGUGUGAGGAGUAUCGUGAGGGCGCCCUAACCGGUGACCUGUGCGAGGACCUGUGCGUGAGCGGCCAGGUGGAGUACAAGCGCUGCCUCUACUACGAGAACGGUAAGAAGGUGAUCGAGGCCCGGUGGCGUGGCACACCCGUGGUGCUCAAGUCCAAACUGGAAAACUUCUCCUCAUAUGAAAGCCUGGGCCUCCUGGAGUACCAGGACCCAGCCGAGGAGCUCUCUCCUCUGGACGUGAUCUUCUACGCCACCCUGGAGAUCAGGAACUCCCUGGGGCUGGAUAUAAGCGGAAACGCCUCGCUGCCGCCGCUGUGGGGCCAGAGGCUUAGGGAGCAUGGGCGGACCUACUCGCGGGCCGAGCUAGCAUCGCUGUGGUCCCUGCUCCAGCAGGAGGAGUACACCUUCCUGAGGGUGUUGCAUGACCUCAGCCGCCACUUAGCCAAGGUGUUGGGCUCCUGCGGACACUUCUACGCCGUGGAGUACCUGUCGGCAGGCCACGCCUGGGACCAGAACAUCUUCUCGCUGGAGGAGGUAUCGGCGGGCCCAUGGACGGCGAGGGACAUGGUGAACCGCAUCGCCCUCAGCUUCCUGGACAUGGCGUGGCGCUUCGACAACGACUUCUCGCACCGCCUCCACCUGUGUGACAUCAAGCCGGAGAACUUUGCUAUCCGGAAGGACCUUACGGUGGUGGCUAUAGAUGUGGACAUGGCUUUCUUCGAGCCCAAAAUGCGAGACAUCCUCGAGCAGAACUGCACUAACGACGACGACUGCGACUUCUUCGACUGCAUAUCCAAAUGCAACAUGAAGACGAAAAAGUGCAGCUCAAAGCGGAGGAAUAGCAACCUGCAGGUGAUCUGUGAGAAGAUCUUUAGGCCCUGGUUCUCUCCCACGCUGCUGGGUGCCAAGGCGGGCCUCCCCCUCCAGGUGGACCUCCAGCGGGCGGUGCAGGAGUGCGUCGAGACUGCGGGGGGCGAGGACGAGGAGCAAGACCGGGCUGUCCAGAAGCGGCUGCUGGACCUCCUCACGAGCCUCCUCCACCAGGGGACAUCCUCUGAGCAUUGGGGUGAAGGGCGCGACGAUAGAGAGGGCAUUCACCCUCACACAGCUCUUAACUUCUGAAGCAUUGCACUGUUCACCCUCACAAAAACUAUACAGUGGAGAAACAAACUGUAUUGGCUUCAUGAGACACUUAUUUAACAUUUUUUGAUGUUUUGCAUUUUGUGAGGUGGUUCCUGAGGACUGGAUGAUACUGGUUGUUGAAGUGACAAAAUAUGCACUGAUGGAGGUAGCACUGACUAUGUGCCUUUAGUACCUACAGUAAGCAGACUAUGGCAGUUUCAGAGGUAGUACUGUAGCAUCUGCCAAUAAGUGGCGAUCUAUCAAGCAAGUGGUCAUUCUAUUUGAGUCAUCUUUACCUCAAAUAAAUGCAGAAACUUUCUUUUGACUCUUUUCUACAGUCGGCCUAUGAUCUCAUGAUCACUUCAGAGCUUUUUGAAAAUGUUUCGCAAUGUCUGUAUGAACGAAAGGUUUGUAGUCAUGCACACGCUUGUGAUCCACUAGCCAAAACCACAGCUGCCUGUUGUCAGGUCCACCUUUUGUUUCAAGUAACAUGUCAACCCUUUCCAGGCUAAUGGACGGGGAGAAGCAUAAAUCAGAAACUGCGCUUGGGUUCCCACCAUCCGGCCUGGUCGCCUGUUCCAAAGGGAAAUGGCGAUGCUGCUGUGCAAGUACUCCCCUUCUUUCUUCAGUGGCCUUAGCUUCCAAAAAGAUCAGGUUCCCUAGGCUCUCCAGCUGGUUCACCACAGGACAGGGGGAGGAAAUAAGAUGAAGAACAGGCUUUGGACAGGAUGGGAGGGUGGGAUGGGAGGGGAGUGGGGCAAAACACAUCUCAAUCUCCAUCUCAACCAAAAAUGUAAGUAAAAAUAUCGGAAACUGUGUUUAAAGUGCGUUUAACGUUUGAUUUGACUUGAGAUGGAGAAGUGAAUACAACACAAUUAUUAUGAACUUGUAGAUUCCAUUUAAAAUCAUCUAAAGCUUGAAACCCUAGGCAUAUCCCACUGGGGAUAUGGUUGAAAAACUGGUUGAAUCAACAUUGUUUCCACGUAAUUUCAACCCCAAAUAUCUGUAUGAGGACGUGAAAACAAAUUGGAUUUGGAAAACAUCAUCAAAGGGCAUUUCGUAUUUUUUGCACCCAACUUUUAACCUAAAUGACAUGGUACAUUGAUGGAGACUUGAAUCCAACAUAUCAAUUAUUAAUUUGUAGACAAACUGGAAUUAAUGCCAGAUUCAGAGGCACAGAUGGAUAUAUCCAAGAAAAAGAAACGUCUCCUUCAAAUGUUGAUAUUUGAUUGCGACGCACGUUAAAUAGUCUAUUAAUUGUCAACAAGUUAACAAAUGAUAUGAGGAUUCACGUCUCCAUCUCAAACCAAAAUUAAAAAUUAAAGAAAUAAAAUAAUAGGAAUAAGCCAGUGGCUCAGAUCUAACUAUCUAAGCAGUAGAUGCAUAUCCUUUAAAUGUUGAUAUUUGGAUACAAUGGCAACCAAACUAGGUAUCCUCUUUUCCCUUUCCCAAACACACUAGCGGUGUGUGGCUAAAAUCACAGAGGAACCCCCUCCAAAAAAGCCAUAUUGCAACCUACGGAAAGAAUUCAGAUCCCUUGACUUUUUCCUCAUUUUUUAAAGUUACAACCUUAUUCUAAAAUUGAUUAAAUACAUGUGUUUCCUCAUCAAUCUGCACACAAUACCCCUUAAUGACAAAGCAAAAAUCUUUUCUUUUUUUUGUUGAAAAUCUAUUACAAAUUUAAAACUAAAAUACCUUAUUUACAUAAGUAUUCAGACCCUUUGCUAUGAAACUUGAAAUUGAGGUCAGGCGCAUCCUGUAAUUUUUAUACAUUUGCUGAAACUCUAGAGCUCUGUCAGAGUGACCAUCGUGUUCUUGGUUACCUCCCUGACCAAGGCCUUUCUCCCUCGAUUGCUCAGUUUGGCCGGGCGGGCAGCUUUAGGUAGACUCUUGGUGGUUCCAAACUGCUUCCAUUUAAGAAUGAUGGAUGCCACUGUGUUCUUGGGGACCUUCAAUGCUGCAGACAUCAUUUGGUAACUUCCCCAGAUCUGUGCCUUGAAACAAUCCUGUAUCUGAGCUCUACUGACAAUUCCUUCGACCUCAUGGAUUGGUUUUUGCUCUGACAUACACUGACAAGUGUGGGACCUUACAAGUAUAAACACAGGUGUGUGCCUUUCCAAUCAAGUUGUAGAAAUAUCUCAAGGAUGAUCAAUGGAAACAGGAUGCACCUGAGCUCAAUUUCGAGUUUAAUAGCAAAGGGUCUGAAUACUUAUGUAAAAAAUGUAUUUCUGUUUAUAAUUUGUAAUAAAAUGUGCCAACAUUUCUAAAAACGUGUUUUCGCUUUGUGUGUAGAUUAAUGAGGAUUUGUUUUUACUUAAUCAAUUUAAGAAUAAGUCUGUAACUUGACAAAAUGUGGGAGAAGUAAAGGGCUCUGAAUACUUUCCGAAUGAACUGCAACUACUGUGGCUGAUAAUUAUGAAGUAAAAUGGAUGUUUUGUGUAUAUCUUGUUUCAUCUCUGUUGCUAUUGUCCUGUUUGAAAGACGGUUCAGUGAAUGGGUAAGUUCAUAGGUCAAUAGGGCUAACUGGCAAGCUGGCAAGCCAAGCCAUCAUUCCUUCAAUUCUGAUCAAUUUACCAGUCCCCACGGAGGGGCCAGUACAAAAAAAAAAAUAUAUAUAUAUAUAGAUAUAUGAAUGUAUGUACUUGUAAGUCGCUCUGGAUAAGAGCGUCUGCUAAAUGACUUAAAUGUAAAUGUAAAUGUAAAAACAUCUCCAUAGCAUGAUUCUGCCAACACCAUGGUUCACUGUGGUGAUGGUGUUCUCGGGGUGAUGAGAGGUGUUGGGUUUGCGCCAGUCAUAGCGUUUUUCUUGAUGGCCAGAAAGCUCAAUUUUAGUCUCAUCUGACCAGAGUACCUUCUUACGUCUGUUUGGGGAGUCUCCCACAUGCCUUUUGGUGAACACCAAAUGUGUUUGCUUAUUUUUUUCUUUAAGCAAUAACCUUUUUCUGGCCACUCUUCCGUAAAGCCCAGCUCUGUGGAGUGUACAGCUUAAAGUGGUCCUAUGGACAGAUUUUCAGCUUUGCAGCUUUGCAGAUCCUUCAGGGUUAUCAUUGGUCUCUUUGUUGCAUCUCUGAUUAAUGCCCUCCUUGCCUGGUCCGUGUGUUUUGGUGGGCAGCCUUCUCUUGGCAGGUUUGCUGUGGUGCCAUAUUCUUUCCAUUUUUUUAUGAUGGAUUUAAUGGUGCUCCAUGGGAUGUUCAAAGUUUUCUGAUAUUUUUUUAUAACCCAACUCUGAUCUGUACCUUUCCACAACUUUGUCCCUGACCUGUUUGGAGAGCUCCUUGGUCUUCAUGGUGUCGCUUGCUUGGUGGUGCCCCUUGCUUAGUGGUGUUGCAGACUCUGGGGGCUUUCAGAACAGGUGUAUGUAUACUGACAUCAUGUGACAGAUCAUGUGACACUUAGAUUUGACACAGGUGGACUUUAUUUAACUAAUUAUGUGACUUAUGAAAGUGAUUGGUUGCAACAGAUCUUAUUUAGGGGUUUCAUAGCAAAGGGGGUGAAUACUGUAUGCAUUCACCAGUUUUCUGUUUUUAAUGUUUCACAUUUUUUGAAACAAGUCAUUUUUUUCAUUUCAUUUCACCAAUGAAAUCUAAGUAAAAUUCCAUUUAAAUUACAGGUUGUAAUGCAACAUAAUAGGAAAAACGCCAAGGGGGAUGAAAACUUUUGCAAGGCACUGUACAUGCCUUUAGUUUUUGUUGUCCUUAACUACCUGGCUAAAAUGCUCAUUAGCCUCACUUCUUUUCAUGGGCAAUGAUGAGCCAGCUAGUUAACUACAUUAGAUACAUAUUGAACUUCCAUCCUAUCAGGCCAGUGGCACAAUGUAUGAGAUUCUGGUUGGAUCAGAAUCAUUGUUAUAGUCAUUGGCCAGUACGGAUAAUUAAGUAAAACAUCAAGUCCAAAUCUCCAUCCUUGGCUAAUUUAGGAAAAGGACCAUUUUAGCUUGCUAGCUAGCUAGCCAACAGAGAAUAACGACACAAUGAGAUGCAACAUUUCAAUAUUUUUCUGUCAAUGACAAUUGGCUUUUGAUGUGAUGUGAUUGGUGUGAAGCCAAAUCCUAACUGGCUUCACAUGACACGUAUUUUGUGCACCAGGACCAUUCACAGUUGAGCUCACUCAGUUUAGCUUAACGCUGAUUGGCUAUUAUUUUAUCGAUUUAUUUAUCAAGAGAGGGGAAAUGCUCGUGGCUUGCCUUGCAUUCAUUGCUAUGGGCGGCAACAAUGUCAUACUCGUUUUUACCAGACAGCAUCAGAUAGAUGGCCUACACAUACAGAGGGGCGCUGCUUCGCUCGCUCGAAUGCUUUCUCCAGUGAAAUCUAUUCAGCAUCAUGUGAAUUGAAGGAAAAUUAUGAAACACAGAGAGACAAUUUUUAUUUUAUUUUAUUUUUGGUACAUUUUUGGUGGAAGCAUGGCAUCCAUGACUACACGCGACUGAUCAAACACAAUUCAAUAAUACUUUUGAAAUAAUAAUAAAUAAACAGCCUAAUGUUAAGGCUGUUUUACAAACUAAUGUAACAAUAUUUAUUCAACCUUAAAAUGAGUAACACAUCCAUGGCCACAUUUUGAUAUUACUGUAACACAAAUGCCUUCUUACGUAAUCAUAAAAAGUGUGCAUGUUCUGGGUCGAAGGUCUGUGGAAAUCUUCACAAUUGCUAGAAUAAUCUGCACAGAAUCUCAAACGGCAUUGUAAUCUCAACUGUAAUCCAAGUCAUUUGGUUGUGCUAUUAGAUGAAGCAGUGUUAACACAUUAAGUUUUUGUAGAAAUAAACUAAAUACCUGA